AUGGAUGAUGGUGCAUCAUCUCAACAGAGCUCUACGGCCUCUGUGCACUAUGUUCAACCUUCCUCAUUGAAGAGCGCUUCAAAGACUUCCAAGACUAUGACAUCAGCGAGCUCUACUACCAAACCUUUGCCAAAUCGUGUGGCUCACAAGGUUAUGCACAUGGUGAACCUCAUGACGGCUUCGCUGAUGACGGUGGCUCUUCAGAUCAAUCUGGAAGGACGCAUGGGCAUGUGGGAAAUUGCAUGCUCUGAGAACAGCUGGCUCACCUCGGCAGCCAAUGACCAUGGCAUCAACAGCCGGCGCAUCAACUACGCCCAGGGCUAUGACAUCUACCGUGAUGAAACCUGGGAACGACUCAAACAAGAGCGUCGACAAGAUCGACCUCGUAAGCUCUGGUUCUCGCUUCCUUGCACUCGCUGGUGCCAGUGGACUCAGGUGAACUACAACACCCCCGAGAAGAAGGAAGUUCUGGAAUCUAUGAGGCGUCGUGAACGCCGCAUGCUUCGGAAGGCCAAGGACUUCAUCUUGGACUCCCUCGAUGAUGACCCCAACAUCAACAUCUACUUUGAAUGGACCUUCCCGUGCAGUGGAUGGAGCCAAAAGCCCAUGGUUGAACUUGAAGCUGAACUACACCAUCGUGGCAUUCCCUGGGAGCAAUGCCGCAUGGAUGGGUGCAACUAUGGCAUGAUGGACAAGAAUGAAACUGGCUACCUCCACAAACGGUGGGUGAUCAAGACCACCGAUGAGCUCUUUUGGAAGAAUUUCCGGGCAAAGGUUUGCCCCAAGAAUCACAAGCACGUCCUCAUCCAAGGACUUGAGACUUCCAGAUCUGCAUACUAUCCCAAGCGAAGCACUGGAAACGUCAACUUGCUCCUCUCCGACAUCUACGUUUCCAAGAUCGUCUAUGGCAUGAUCCUGGCACUCAAAAUGCACUACCUGCUGAAGAAUCACAUGAUGAUCCUGAACCAACAGGUUGUGAAUGACUACGGCACUGGCAGUGCACCCUCCACUGGACCUCCAGUCCCAACAGCUCCAGCAGAGGAACCUUCGUCAAUCGUGCCGCCUGAUGAGAAGCGGAGGAAGACGGACCAUGACGAUUCCGAUCUCUUCAACGUGAAUGAGAGUCCUCUUUUGGGACUCAGCAACCUUCGAAGUGCCCUACAAGCCAUGCAAUUGCGUGAGAGCAUGAUGCGAGUCGGCACCUCCUUGAGAUGGCUUGCCAGUGAUUACGACUUGGCCGACAGCAUGACAAAGAAACGACCUGAUUGCAGGACAGGUCUCACAAAGUACCUGUCCAAGCGCUUGUGGUGCAUAGCAUUCGACCCCUCCUUCACCGCUGCAAAGAAGAAUGCCAAGAGUGGCCGCACCGCUGUGAGAGCCAUAGAUGAAGCAGCAAGACCUGAUCUUUCCUUUUAG